CAAAGUUGUUUUAAUAAUCCUUUGGACUGGAUGUUGACAUUUCGCGCCGAUCAAUCUUGGAAACGGGUGAUAUCCGGCGUAUAGAGUGGCCAUAGUUUGUUGCGUGUCGUGUUGGUAUACUCUAGUUAGACAGCUACACUAUUGUUCGGAAAUAUGGCAUGUGCUACGCUUAAAAGAAGCCACAACAUUGACAUCAUGGAAGCCACUUGUUCCAAAAGAAGACGGUACCAAACUUUAACUCGAAAUUGCAACACGGAAGCGGCAGCAUCGGAGUCUCCGUUCAUACCAAAGGAGUUAUCAACCCAAAUCCAGUUAAAACGACGAAUCAAGGAAGAAAUUAAACGUUUACAGCGACGCCGUUUAAUACCCCGAUUUCUCGGAGGUCCCACUCCAGCGGUCACUACAACAUUUGCCGGACAUGGAAAGGAUGAGAAUGUGGCAGUUGCUUCAUGCAGUGGCAGUUUUCGAUCCAUGGCUUUGCGGUCACCUACUUCAGAUAGCCAAGACUCGGACAGCGAUCAAUCUCCUCUGCGUACUAGUGAACCGAUAUUCCAAACACUUGAGAAUAUCUCAGUUGGCUCCUCAAAAAUAUCUUCAAAACCUAAAAGUUCUAUCGAUUCACUGCCGAUUUUCACCCUGCCUCAAGUCACAGCUCUUUGUGAACGCUUGAUCAAAGAACGAGAAGCCGAGUUACGAGAGGAAUACGACAGUAUAUUAUCUUGUAAAUUAGCAGAGCAGUAUGAAGCAUUUCUAAAAUUCAAUCACGAUCAACUCUACAGUCGAUUUCAGAACUCCCCAAUGAGUUAUGUAUCUUGAAAGGUGUUGUGCAAGCCGUACAAAAGAAUCUUCCAUCCUCGAAAUUAUCUAUUGCCUUCCAUCUGGUAUCACUAUAUUACUGUUUGGGCUGCUUGAGCUGUUUUAAAAAUGAAUUUUAAUCGUGUUCGUGUUUCCCACGUGCAACCUCAACUGCCUUUUCCCGUUCUCUCAGCGUAUACCAAUCACCUUAUUUCUUGUGUUUCAAAAAUUUAUCGCGUUAGUAGCCGUAUAACUGAUGCGCGCCAUACGUUGCAUGUAUUAAGGAUCGUGAGACUAAUGCUCAACUAGUUAAACAAAAACAUUUAAUGCUCAUUCUUUCUGUUCCUCAAAGGUUCAAUAUAUUGUACUUUUAUUUUCUGUAUCUCUUUCCAUAUAUUCUCUGUGAUGAACGGUUUCAAAGGCUUGUCUAUAUCCUUAUAAACCUCAUGCCUUUUAAAUUGAUUAAGCCUGAUAAAUAAAUGUGAUCGUUUU